AUGUCAAAUAUAUUAGCAUUCCAAUACGUUGUCAUUGGCGGUGGUAUUUCAGGAGUGACAUGUGUCGAAACUCUUGCAACAUUUGCUCCAGAAGCUACAAUUCUUUUAUUAACGGGAUCACCACUUAUCAAAGCAAUCACACAUUAUGUAAAACUUAGUAAAUUUUUAGAAGAAUUUGAUAUUAGUGAAAAACCAUUUUCCUAUCUAGCUGAACAACAUUCAAAUUUAACACUUUUAAAUAAAAUUGUCGAUCAUUUGGAUACGGAUAAACAUACACUAAUUUGUACAGAUGAUACGAUAAUCAAAUAUGAUAAACUUUGUAUAUGUGCUGGUGCUCAUCCUAAACUUAUUUGUGAUUCGAAUCCAUUUGUACUUGGUAUACGUGAUACAGAAACAGUUGAUUCGUUUCAAAAAAAAUUAUUAUCAGCUAAACAAAUUGUUAUUGUAGGAAAUGGUGGUAUAGCCACUGAAUUAGUAUAUGAAGUUGAAAAUUGUUCUGUUAUAUGGGCUGUUCGAGAUGAACAUAUUUCUACAACAUUUUUUGAUGAAGCAGCCGCCUGUUUUUUCCUUGAUAAAAUUCAACAAAAGAAAAAUAAUCAAGAAGAAAAAUUAAAUGAAAAACGAACAAAAUAUGAAACGGUUGAAAUAACAAAUAAACCUAUCAAAAUGACGAGUAGUAUUUCUGGCGGAGCGUUAGGACCCGAUUGGGCAGUAAAUCGAACAAUGAAAGGUUUAGGUCAAAAAACACGUCAAAUUCAUAUUGAAUAUAAAGUUGAAGUUAAAUCAGUUUUGACGCCCGAUGAAUUAGAACGACGACAAUUAAUAUCAGAAAAUAUGUUUUCUGAACACAACAAUUGGCCUGUUUAUGUUGAAUUAACAAAUGGAAAAAUAUUUGGAUGUGAUUUAAUUGUGAGUGCUACUGGUGUUGUACCAAACACAGAUAUGUUUGUAAAAUCUGCGCCGUUUGUGAUAGGACAAGAUGGUGGUCUUGAAGUUGAUGAAUUUAUGCGUACAUCUGUUAAGGACGUUUAUGCUGCAGGAGAUGUGUGUACGGCUGGUUGGAAACAUGCUGAACAUUGGUUUCAGAUGCGUUUAUGGUCUCAAGCACGUCAGAUGGGUCAUUAUGCUGCGAAAUGUAUGCUUGCACAUAUGUCAAAUGAUGAUAAUAUAUCAAUGGAUUUUUGUUUUGAAUUAUUUGCACAUGUAACAAAAUUUUUUAAUAUGAAAGUUGUUCUACUUGGAAAAUAUCAUGAAAAUGAUAUGAAAAAAUAUGACAAUUUGAUACGUGUUACACCAGGUGAAGAAUAUAUUCGCGUGACAUUGAAAGAUGGCCGAGUGCAUGGUUGUGUGUUUAUUGGAGAUACAGAAAUGGAAGAAACAUUUGAAAAUCUCAUUCUAAAUCAGAUGGAUGUUAGUGCGUACGGUGAAAGUCUUUUAGAUCCAGAUAUUGAUAUUGCUGAUUACUUUGACUAA